UCAAGCAUCGUCGAAAUGUAGACAUAUUGUCGAAAAUACUUUAUGCCCGGGGCAAAUUGUUGUAUUGUGGGUUGUCCUACAUAUGCUUCGAAAGAUAAGUAUCCUGCCCUUAGUUUUUUUAAAAUACCAAAGGGAAAAAAACACGAAGAAUGGCGCAGUCAGCUUAUUCGAAUAGUCAACAGGGUUGAUAAAAGCUUCAAUCCAGGUAAUGCAUUCAUUUGUUCUCGCCAUUUCAAAGAAAGCUGUUAUAAAACAGGUAACAAAGGUCAAAGGCGGCUUACUCCAGGUUCCUUGCCAACGGAAUAUUUGCCUCAAAAGAGCAUUGAAACUAAGAAAGCACCACCAAGAAAACAGUUGGUACGUGAUUCUCCUGAAACAACUUUGGAUGUGUAUAAAUACACUGAGCUACAAGAUUUAAAGAAAGACUUUAAACAUGUCAGCUUCCCUUGGACUGUUCUAAUUGAAAACAACUCAUCCUGUAUUUUUGGAUACUUAGCAGAAAAUGGAGACAUUAUUCACAAGGUAUCCCUAAACGAAGCCUUGGAAUUUACAAUUGAAUCAUCUUCUUUAUCUUUGCCUGAAAAUCAUGAACUUUAUGUGAAACAUAAACGUAGUAUAUCUAAAGUUAGAAUUCAGUGGCUUUUGAAUGAAGUUGAAAAACUCAAGUUCUGUGGUGAAUGUACUGAAAGUGCAUUGUGUAUCAGAAGUAGUGAUUGUCAAAUUUUGUUUGGAGGCACAAUUGGAGAGGAGUGCUGUAUGUAUUGUAAACAAGCAGCUGCAAUAGAGUUAAAGAGAAAUGCAAAAUCGAAAUCAAAUACUGACAAAGAAUUACACCCUAACACUCCACUCUGUAAAGUCCCAAAAGACAAAUUAGUUCAAGAGUUUAAAAAAUCCCGGAAGAACGAAAGAAAAUUAAAGAAAAUGUUACAAGACUUGGAAGAAGAGAUACAGCAAAAAGGAGCUUGUCUGAGUGAUGGAAUGCACAAAGAUUUCUCAAAUAUAAUUGGUGAUAUUGAGGAUGAAUUACCUGAGGAUUCAUUUGAAAAACUGUUCUGGCAAGAACAGAAAAAAUAUUUUCAAAAAAGUCCUAAGGCCAAAGACUGUCUUGUGAAACCCGGUACUCGGGUGCACAGUGUUGGUGUAGUCCCGAAGUGUUCUUUCACAAGGGUGCCAUCUCACUGUGAUUUGAAACAUCAGGCUGAAAAGCUAAAUGACAUCAAAAAAUAUGUUGUUCUCAUGUUGGACGAAGUUUCAAUAAAAGAUGACCUUGUAUAUGACCAAGUAACUGGAGAGUUAGUUGGUUUUGUCAACCUUGGCAAAGAUGUGGAUGACUGCCAUGUAAUUCGAAACAAAGAGAAGAGGAUCAAGACAGCAAAUGUUGCUACCCAUGCUCUUGUUUUCAUGGUAACAAGUAUUGCAGCUCGGUUAAAGUUUAGUUUAGGUUACUUUGCAACAACUACAGCUACGGCAGAUCAGCUGUUCUUACUGAUGUGGAAAGCUGUUGGCCUAGUUGAAACCUAUGCUGGCCUGAGAGUUAUCAUAGUUGUAUCAGACAAAGCUGGCCCAAAUCAGCGGCUGUACAGUCUCCAUGAUUCUGGGGACCAAGUUACUUAUCGAACAGUUAAUGUAUUUGCAAGAGAUGAACAAAGGUAUAUCUACUUUUUCUCAGAUCCCCCUCACCUUGUUUAA